AUGGAGCCGAACUCACUGAAGUGGGUGGGCUCGUCUUGCGGGUUACAUGGACCCUAUAUAUUCUAUAAAGCCUUUAAAUUGAACCGGGACGGCAAACCGAGGAUUCUGUCUCUCGGAGACUUCUUCUUCGUCAGAUGUAAACCGGAGGAUCCUAUUUGCAUAGCGGAGCUUCAGCUGCUCUGGGAGGAAAGAACAAGCAAGCAACUUUUAUCAAGCUCCAAACUUUAUUUUCUACCCGAGGAUACCCCCCAGGGACGGACAGUCGCGCACGGAGAGCACGAGGUAAUUGCAGUGUGUGAGAAGGUGGUUGUGCGGCUGGAGGACCUGGUGAAGUGGACGGUACCGGACUUCUCAGGAUGGGCCCACGGUCUGAAGGCCGAGCCUCUCAAAGCCUCCGUGCUCCGGGAGCUGGGGACCAACGGGAGGCGGGAGGCCCUGCACCGCUACCGGGAGAGCACCUUGACCAGCGGACUCAACUUCAAGGAUGUCCAGAGGGAGAGGGCACAGCUAGGCCAGGAGGAGGACGGACGGAAGGUGCUGGUCCUCAGCUAUCCCCAGUAUUGCCGCUAUCGCUCGGUGCUGGCGCGGCUCAGCCAGCAGCCGUCCUCUCUGCUCAUCGACCACACGGUGCUGGCGCUGGGCGGCAUCGCGGCGCUGGGCGGCAGCACGAGGAUCCUGUACUGCCGGGACACCUUCGAGCAUCCGGCCCUGCUGCAGAACGAGAGCAUCUGCGACGAGUUCGCUCCCAACCUCAAAGGGCGACCUCGGAAGAAGAAACUGUCCAUUUCUCAGAGGAGGGACUCCCUGGGUCAGGCUCAGGGUCAAGGGUCAUCAGGGUCAAGCCAGGGAUCAGCGGCAGUUGCAGCACAGGACCCCUGCAGCCCUGAGAGCAAAACUACAAGCAAGGUCAAACCCAACUGCAAAACGGUACCCAACGGAAAACUAACGCCAGCAGCCAAAUACAAGGCCAACGGCCUCAGCAAGAGAUGCUCCGCAGAGGAGAAGGAGAGAGGGAAGGAGAAGGAGAGAGAAAAGGAGGAGAGAAGCGAGAGGGAGGAGAAUAAAGAGGAGGAAACAUCAGAGGAGAGUCGAGCGGAGGAGCAGACUUUCUUAGUAUCACUGUACAAGUACAUGAAAGACAGAGACACGCCCAUUGAGAGGAUUCCCUUCCUCGGCUUCAAACAGAUCAACCUUUGGACCAUGUUUCAAGCUGCUCAGAAACUUGGAGGAUAUGAGUUGAUCACCGUGCGCAGACAGUGGAAGCACGUAUAUGAUGAAUUGGGCGGGAACCCCAGCAGCACAAGUGCAGCCACGUGUACACGGAGACACUACGAGAGGCUCCUCCUCCCUUACGAGAGGGAGAUUAACGGUGAGCAGGACAAGCCCCUCCCCUUGGCCAAACCCAGGAAGCAGGAGGUCAGCCAAGAAAAGCCCCCGGGACCCAAAGCCAAAGCAGUGGGGCCCAAGAAAUUGAAAGGCUCCAGCAAUCCCAAGCUGGGGAGUAGAAAGGACAGCGGGGAGACGCUGAACAGCCAAGAACAAUCACAGGACUCGGAUGAGAAAGAGGAGGAUCAGGAACUGUCCGCAGCCGUAAAACAGGAGGCGUCUCUGAGAGAUGAGCCGAUUCUAAUCGAGGAGGAGGAGGAGUUACACGUCACUCUGAAGAAAGAGGAGUCUCUGGCAGUGGAGCAGCCAUCAUCACUGUGCCCCAAAGAGCCGGACUGGAGAGAGCCGCACCCUAGCCUUCCCCUCCACCUGGGGCCUGGUCCCCAUCCUGAAUGGAGGCAAAUCACUGAGGCCCUCCAAGCGAAACUGACCUGUGAACAGCAAACUGAAGGGCAUUUCAUUCCUAAGACCCCGUACCUGCCUCACCGCUGGGAUCAGAACAAAUCAGCUGGACACGUUGCUCUGCCCGAGUCCUCCUCCAGGGUCAAAGACUCUAUAGAGAGUCACGGUGGGAGAGUGGGGAAGGUGUUACCCAUGUGUAAGCAGGCGGACAGACAGUGUAUAGACUUGAGCACAGACUCCUUCCCAGAGAAAGAAGACUAUGGGGUCACUAAGAAGGAGUCUUCCCAAAGCCCUGCACAGACGGCUGCCUACUGCAAAGCCAGUCAGGGGGUCAUGUCGCCUUUGGCUAAAAAGAAGCUCCUUUCCCAAGUGUGCGAGUCCAACCCCUUCUCCUUUACGUCUCCUUCCCUUCAGCCUCAGACAGUUGCGUCCUCGCUCCCUGUCAUAGCAGUGGCAGACAGGGACAAGGAGAAGAGGAAGGGCGAAGAGGAGGUAGUAGGACAGCGGCACGGGUGCGUGUCAGACGCCAUAUCGGAGGUAGCGCCCAUAUUCAGGCCAUCGGUCAUUCAGCAUGCCCAGAGCAGCAAGCCCCAGCAACAAGCUGCAUCGGAGAGGAGCGCGGUCGGGGAGCUUUCAGAGACGUUCGGCUGUCGGACGAGCCAUCACCUUCAGCCUCAAGUCACUCCGCCGUGGCAGCCCUAUCUCCCCCGAUCCCAUGCCCAGGACAGCGUGGAGUCCGGGGAGAAGCUCCUCCAAGGCCCAGCCGCUCAGGCACGGAGCUAUGCAGGCGACUGCUACUCCUCCCCUCACCUCCACAGUCUGUACAGGCAGACUGAGAACUGUCUGAGCCAGGAGAGGAUGGUCAGCUUUGCCAACGGAGAGCGGAGAGAGCACUACACCAGGGAGCGGGAAGGAGGCCAGGGCUUCGUCUGUGGCGCCCUGGAGCAGGAGGGCCUGGCCUACAGGUCUCACUACAGUGACAGGACUCAAACACAUGGGGAUAGUAGGGAGGCAGACGACGAGCCCAGAGACUUCACAAUUUCUAAACCUCUCUCUCAGAGGGUGUCCUCCUUCUCCAAGCCCUCCUUCUGCAGCCUACCGUAUCCCAUCAUGCACCAGGGGUUGGACUCCCACCCUAAGGCCUGCAGGGUUCCCCCCAUGACAAUCUCUUCUCCCAAACAGAGCUCAGCGGAGUCGUCGCAGCCGUUCCCCAGCCCCAAGUCCUCCAGCGACUCGCCCCUCACCAUCUCCAUUCGACCCAGCAAGCGCAGCCUAGCGGAGCCCGAUAACGAGGAUUUCCCCGAGAGGAAAGUCCGAGUGGUGACGCCAAUCCACCCCGCCUGCUCCAUCCGACGCAGUGACCCGGAGGAGCUGAAGCCAGCGGAGCCAGCCCACGCUGUUCACCUCAACAACCAUCUCCCCGAGGGCCACCCGGCAAACGCCUUCCCCCCCGGCCUGGCCGCGCACCUCUACGGCGGCCUGUACCCGCACGGCAGCCUGGUGUCCCCGGGGACGCAGGACGGGCUCCAGCACCACCCGGGGCUGCAGUACCUGAAGAGCCAGUCGGCCGUCUCCCCCCUCAUGCCCUCGUUAGCCUUCCACCCCAUGAUGCUCCACAGGCAGCUGCUGGCCUCCAGCCCCAGCCCGCACCACUUCUACCGGCACCCGGGCGGUGCGGCGCUGUACGGGGACCUGCUGCACCACCUGUACCCACUCUCCGCCCUGCCGCCUCAGCUGUCCUCGGUACACCCCAGCACCAGACUGUGA